ACACAAUGCUGCCAAACCACAAACCAACAAACAUCUUCUGAGCUCAAAGCCAAAAGCCAACGUAUUACCCAGCAUAGAUAGCUCAUAGUGAUCCAAGCACUGUGGUUUUGAUCUACUUGCUACUAGUAGUGACAAUGACGAGAAGAUAGUACCAGUACUGCAUUUUCCAUCUUUGUUAUCUCAGCAAUCAGAAGAUUUUGUGAUCUUCAUCGGAUUUUUGGCGGGUGGGGUAUAAUCAUUACCAAGCAAAAAGGAUUCGAUUCGAUUGUGAUUGAGAUUCUGUUUCCAUUGUCGUCCCUUUGGACAAGUCGGAUUUUGUUCUUUGAAGUAGCGCGAGUAUUAUCCUUCCACCAUGUCCAUGCUACGAAGUGCCGCAUUGACGCUGCUGUCCAAGACCCUUCUGACAUUUCUCUACAAGUAUCUUUCCGAUGUGGACGUGGAUGGAGUCGAAAUGCCCUCGCUCUACAGCACGGACGGCCACGCUUCUGGAUGGGGCGUUCGCCUUAGCAACGUCAAGCUGCGAGAAGGUGCCGAGCUCAUGAUUUUGCCGGGCACUAAACGGAAACCCAAGCCCAAAGAUACCAAUGCCAAUAAUGAGAACAAUAAUGGCACUACAACGGAUGCAGUAAUAUCCAAGGACGCAGCAGAAGACGCCACCGAGACGGAAAAUGCCGAACACGACAAAAACGAGGCGGAGUUGAUCACGCCUUUGCAUUACAAUGGGAACCGCAAUAUGGUAUCCAUAGAGGAAAAAGAAAAGGAGCUACUAAUGAAGAAGUAUGGAAUUGCCAACGCUCCGUCCACGGAGGAUUUGGAUGCAGAUUUGGACGAAUUGGUGGACGAACUGGACAGGAGUAUCGCAUCAAUGGAUGUGGAAAGUAUUACACGACCAGACACUCCCGUGCAGGACAGCAGCAUUGGAUUCCUGUCCUGUUUUGCUCAUUCAGAAGCCGACAUUAAAAAACCCAAAGUAGAAGAACAGAGAGAGCAAGAUGCCAAUUUGUCAUCCGAAACACCGUCGCAGGAAGAACGGGAAGACGAGCAGACUCGACCUCUACUCAGCCAACACGCCAACAAUCACCAUCAGGAGUCAGAUACGCAAAUGAAUGGGCAUCAUCACCAUCACCAUUCUGAAAUUUAUUUGCCCGAUACGAAAAAGGAGGCAGAUGCUGUCAAACAGGGAAUUGACGAUCAACUCCCAGAGCUGGCUUCCGAAGAUGAUAGCGACGAGGGAGAAACGGAUUCACCACCACCAGCUCCAUCAGAGGAUGAAAAUGACAAUGAACGUUCGUUGCCUCCCAUGGCACUCUGUAUUGGAGAGGGUGGAUACAUUGGGACUUUGGAUGUCCGUCUCGUGGGUCGUGAACUCCACGUACUUGUGGAAGACGCCUUUUUGGCAUUGGAAGCAGUUAGAAAAGACGAGGAGCCAGCUUCCAAUGAAAAGGGAGACGGCACGCAAAAAGCAACCGCAGAUGCACAAACGGGGGAAACGGAAAAGAAACAAGCAAAUGCAGCACCAGCUGCUGCUCCAAUCAAUAUUGAAGAGCUGAAAACAACGGGAGAAAGGGUCCUGGCGUCAAAUCCUAUUGCAAGAAUAUUUUCCAGUGUCCCCCAUCUAUUCUUGCGCGACAUUGUGGUUCGGCUGGUUGUUCGGAGUAGUACUGGAUCGGAUGACAAAUCUAACGAAUCUCCUCCCGAUGUCAGUGCAAAGGAUGAAGAGGACGAACAAGAGGAGGAUAUACCCACCAAAGACGACAGUGCAGACGUGGUUGUGGAUGUUGGCAUUGGGCUACUGUCUGUUACGGAGGGAGAAGACUUUCUCACGCCUUUCAAUACGGACGAUGCAGCACAAGAAGGUCAACAACCGCCAAUCACACCGAUCAAAACCCAGACGAGCAAAUCAGGGUCUUCGCCUGAUAACGAAUACAUGGAACGACGGAUACGAACAGGAAAGGGUGCUGAUGGUGGUAUUUGGCUCAACGUUCUGACCCCCAAACGCGAAAAAUCUGCUUCUUGGAGGCCUCCACCGCGCACGCAACAAUACCAGUGGGCUCGGCAAGAGUGGCUUGAAGCAACCAGACACCGUGUACUACAGUGUUCUGGGCUCGACAUUCAGGCUCGAAUAUUUCUUGGGACUAAGAGGGAGCUCGCCGAGGCGAAUUCGUCUUGGUAUUCUACCGAGCCGGACACGUAUGAAGGCAUAGACCAUACUUUGUAUGGUUUUGAUCACGUCGCUCCAGGCCCCACCCCAAACACUCUCCCUCCCUUGAACACAGCAGCCUCACAUGCGACAACGAGUCGUAGUUCGGAUGAGGGGGAUGAUCAGGGAUUGCUGAGGUCGCAAGUCUACAAAACAGAUCGCAAUGGGAUCCAGAGCAGCCAAAUGGAGAGUUGUUUCUUCCGAGUAGCAAGAGGGAUGACGCCAGCACGAUGCAAGUUGGAGCAUCUGCCGUGUGAAAACUGCCUCCGUUGCUGGAAACAAACAGGAAAGAUCGAAGAAGGAAACUCCAAUGAUUUCCAGAUCCUGGAUUCCAACACACCCAUGCCAGGAUUGGCCCUUUCGGUUUCACUGCGCGAACCACUGGAACUCAACGUCGAUCGACUCUCCCUUGAUGGUUUGGGACUUGUCAUAAGCCUCUUCAAGAAGAAAGAGCAAGAAAACCCGGAAACUGUCGAUACUGCAAAGGAGGCUGAAGUUGAACCUGAUGCCACUGAGGACAAUCCACCCGUAGCAGAAGUCGUCGUUGAGCAACCUGAACCGAGCCGAGGGUAUUUUUCCAGCCUGUUCUUUGGAAGCACGUCCAACAUCGAUGAUACCAAUGAAGGGAGCUUCUUCCCUAGACGACGAAAAUCGAUGCCGCUACCGCCAGCAUUCCCUGCCUACAUGAAGCCCGAACACGUUCAGAUACUGGGUGUCUUCGUCGCCGAGAUUCGUUUGCGGGUACAUGUAAUGCGAGCAGACGACGGACCGGGACACAAUGCAGGUCUUUCUUUCAUGUAUUGGGAUGCAAAACUGCAAGGCUUGACAUUGGAUCAGCAAAAGCUCACCGCUGAUGAGCACAAGAAUUUCCAGGAUCUGAGGCUAGACUGUGGUCUGCUAUCACUCGACGAGUUCAAAGGAGUUCAAAAGCAGGUCUUGAUAUCUGCUGGUAUUCCUCCUCCGUCGCAUGAUGGCGGCAUUGCGACACUUGCUGAGUUGACUUCUAUCAAUCGCGGCCAACGGCCCCCUUGGCCGACGACAGCCUGCGCCCUGCUAGAUGUUCCUGCGACGGUCGAGUCCAUGGUCUACGAGUCGCGCGAGCGACAUGGAAUUCAGCUGAGACUGCUGGAAGUUUGCAACCAGCCAAAGACAGAUAGUGAAAGCUCUCGCACUCUUAUCAAUUGUCAGCUCGGAGCGUUGGAAAUCAAUCUUCCUUGGCCAGUUGCUCCUGUGUUUGCAGGUAUCAAGACAGAAGUCAUGCAAAGUCUUGGAUUGGGUAAAAAAGCACCAACGGAUGCACCUCAGCCGGUUCCAGAACAAAUGCCCAAGAAGGACACAGCCACUGAAUACAGAGCACAACUGGGAGGAGGCAGAGUGCGACUAGGAUCCAUGAUCGAUAUUCGCUUGCCGCUGACAAGACUUGCAGGCGACAUUUGCCCAGAAUCUGGGUUCUCCGUCGAGACACUGUUAGACAAAGUAGAACUCUCGUAUGGUUCGAGCUCCAAGAAGCUUGUCCCCACCGCUGGCUCCAACCGGGGGGUCUCCAUGAAACGUGUUCCAAACCUUCCAGAAAAAGUGAGGCUUCGCGUUCUUCUCUUCUUGGGCGGGCACGACCUUGAUCCGCUGGAGGAGGCUCUUGGUGUGAAAAAGCAGUCCAACUCUUUCUUGAGGUGCAAUGCCUUGAACAAAGCUCUUGGAAAGCUGGCAGCCAAACGAGGGAAAAAGAAGACCCACGAACCCAAGUCCAACAAAUCCAACAAGCUGAAUCGUCGACAGGAGCUCGUCAACAAGAUUCUCACUCUGGACGAUGAUGCUCUUGAAAACCUCUGGUCAAGCCACCUCAGGAAGCAAAGAAAAGGCAAGAAGGCAAAUGGUGCCAAGAAAGCAGGUUGAAUGCCUCUGAGUACAUUCGCUCCUUGGAGCUUUCCAAGUUUUGUCUUCCCAACGAGAGCGAGCAUCUUCAGCACAGUUUUGACUUGACUAUCUACUAGCUAGCUACCGUAGACUGGCUACCAAUCGUCAUUGGGCAGGCAGUAGAGUAACGAUAGGCACUCAUCGAUCACUGGCUGAGCUGAUGUCUGCAAGCAAUCAUACUGGUCACGAGGAGACCUUAGCUGCACUUCCACAAUAGUAUCGUGUUUGAUUUGGUCCGGCAGCUGCGGAUGCGAUUCAUCCUCCGAGCAAGGCCAUUUGCGGCCCAUGGCUAUCGAUUGACAGGUGCGGUGACGGGUCGGACCCACCUAUUGCCCUGGAUACGAGAAGACAGCACCAGCAUCUCGCUACGGGAAUUCAUGCUACUCAGAGUAAUCCAUUGCCUAUAGUAGAGCUAGAUCAAUAGAUUAGAUAGAUGAUGUUGUUCACUAUAACUUAAUUGUAACGUUUAGAAAAUG